UUUGUGUACCGGAAAUACAUGAACUAUAGAUAGAACAUACAAUGAUAAGUAUUUUCUUAUGUCUUUACUCCAGUGGGUACCCAGACGAGCCAUGAGAGACCAGGGUCCAAAACUAAUUGAACAAGUACGCCAGGAAGCAGCAAGGGACAUGGGCAUAUAUAUUCCGAGCAAACAAAGUGAUUUUUUCAGUGGCAUAAAUGGAGAUCAUGGAUUUCUGGGAAGAGGACAACCAAGAGGCGGACUCAAUGAUGUUUUUAUUCAGGGGCCAAUGGGAAGCAAUGUUGGAACAGGUCCCGGAGUCAUUGACCUAGAUCCAUAUGGUGCCGGAAGUUACAGCCCCAAGACACGUCAACGAAACUUUAAUCGAGAUUCGGAUUACAAGUCGGGCUAUACUAAUAACUACUCACAGUUUAGUGGCCAGGGUCGUCAACGACAACAGAAUCAGAACUCAAAUUACGGAAACCAAGGGCAACAGCAGUACCAGCGCCAGACGCAGGAGAAUUCUGGGUAUGGUCAACCACGUCCAACUGCGCAAAGUAGAGACAUGCCACCACGCUUUUCUAAAGGAGGGGAUGAAGUGA